AUGGAGAUGAAAACCCAAAAGGCCGGUUUCGGCUGUGGUGAGCAAAGAGUCGGAGAUGACAUUGGAAAUAUCAUCCAAACUUUUGUUGGAGAGGCCGUCGGAAGUCUCAUCGGAGAAGACAACUGUGAUGUCGCUAUUUUUUCCAGUGAUGAUAUUCUCUUUUCCAGUGACAGGUCUGAAUUUUCCGAUAAAGAUGUUUUAUCUUCUAAAGAUGGAUCUAUUUUCAUCAGAGAAAACGACAAAAAUUUUGCGGGAAAUGUUGUCGAAAGUGUUAUCAUUGUCGGAUAUGACACCAUAAGUAUUUCCAGAGAAAACAACGUAAAUUUUGCCAGAGUAGACACUUGA